GGAGCGGGGGAGGGCGCGGCCAACUCCCGGAGGGACGGCGGGCCGAGACAGCGGCGCCCCGGCUUGGCGCCGAGCCUGAGCCCGCCGGACGGGAGGCGGCCCAGCCGCGGGCUCGGCCUCGGCCCCGGUCCCGCCAGCAUGGCCGGCCGGACCGUGCGGGCCGAGACCCGGAGCCGGGCCAAGGAUGACAUCAAGAAGGUGAUGGCGACCAUCGAGAAGGUCCGGAGAUGGGAGAAGCGCUGGGUGACUGUGGGCGACACUUCCCUUCGUAUCUUCAAGUGGGUGCCAGUGGUGGACCCCCAGGAGGAGGAGCGUCGGAGGGCAGGUGGUGGGGGAGAGAGAUCCCGAGGCCGGGAGCGGCGGGGCAGGGGCGCCAGUCCCCGAGGGGGUGGCCCUCUCAUCCUGCUGGAUCUCAAUGAUGAGAACAGUAACCAGAGUUUCCAUUCGGAAGGCUCCCUGCAAAAGGGCACCGAACCCAGCCCUGGGGGCACCCCCCAGCCCAGCCGCCCUGUGUCACCUGCUGGACCACCAGAAGGGGUCCCAGAGGAUGCUCAGCCCCCAAGGCUGGGCCAAGAGAGAGAUCCUGGGGCCGAAACUGCAGGCAGCACCGAUGAACCCCCAAUGCUGACCAAGGAGGAGCCUGUUCCCGAAUUGCUGGAGGCUGAGGCCCCUGAAGCUUACCCCGUCUUUGAGCCAGUGCCACCUGUCCCCGAGGCAGCCCAGGGUGACACAGAGGAUUCGGAGGGCGCCCCCCCACUCAAGCGCAUCUGCCCAAAUGCCCCUGACCCCUGAGAAGCCGGCCUGCCUGUCCUGUCGCCCCAAGGGCCCCUUUGGCUUUUUACAAAUAAAGACCCUUUUGUAA